UUGUUCCCAGAGUGGAGAACCACUUGAAGAUUUCACAACCCAAACGAGCGCGCGGCUUCCUCUCUCCCCCCACCAGUCCAAUACGCUGAUAUUUAUAGUUCUGGCUGAAUAUAUACGCGGCUCCAGCUGCAAACAUCUGUCAUCACACUGACUCACUGUUGCCACACAUCGCCCUGAUGUUUGAGGACGACCCACGGCGCAUCGGUCAUGUGUGGACUUGAAGGCAGGAAAUAAAGCGCGCGGCUGCUGCUCAUGGCACGUCGCGCGUAACGGGGAAGUGAGCCGAGCCCAGCGCCUCCGCCGCUCCACGAAAAGUGAAAACAGAGAAAAGCUCGCGGAUUGAAGACGAUUUAAGAGCUCAGCUUCGAGGAGACGUGCGUAAAAAGGGAGAGAUGGAGACAGGAGGUCUUCAGUAGGAUAUUUGCCCAGGCAGAGAAACACAAAAACUGAGAAGAAAGAGGCGAUUGGACACUUUUGAAAGCUUCAAGUCUGGGUUUAGAAAAAGCUCUACUUCAUCAUGGAUCAGUGGACAAAAAUUGCACAUAUUCUACAAAUGCUGCCACCUGAUUCGGUCCAGUCACUAUAUCCGCCAAAUACUUUCCCCAUUGAGGCUCGGUAUUACGCUGCUGAAUGGAUCGAUAACCAGAGAUGGGAGGACUACUCAUUGGAUAGGCCGGAGAUGGAGAAUAACGCCCGUGAGCUGUUGAAUAUAACCAGGAUGGAGCUUCAGAAAAUUGCUAAUCAGCUCAAUGUGGUGGAAAAGAUGAAGCUGUUGCAUGUCACCAACAAUAUGUGCAACUAUUCGUCUAAUGCUCUUCAGUUUGCAGUACUGGUCAGGGACAUACUGAGGAAGGAGAGAGAACUGAUCAAUUCGGCUGAUCCUUCAAAUGUCUCCAUUCAAACUCCUGAGUACAACAGUACAGGCACUUCAUUCCUGGAAGCCAAAGUGCACGAACUCAUGAGCCUCAGACAAGCAACACAUUCGCAACAAGAGGAGCUCAACUGGGAGAAACAAAACCUUGACACCCUAGAAAAGCAAAUUCGACAAGGAGACCAGAGUAAAGUUAAGACUGCAAAUAUAUGCAAACAGCACACAAUGAAGCUGGAGUUUGAAAUAGAUCAAUUGAUAACAAGGCGUGCCAGGUGCAUGGAAGAAUGUGUCAAUAGUCUACAAACUUGCCAAAUGGACUAUUUACGAAACCUAGAGGAGUGGAAGUUUGCACAACACAAGUCGUUUGUCGGAUUUCCCUUUAAUGACAACCUGCUUCCCCUACAGACGUGGUCUGAGCAGCUGCUCUGGGUUAUCGAGACUCUGAGAGGAGAGUUGACGCUGAUUGCCACACCACUGCCAACCUGCCAGUUACAGCUGGAAAAGCUUCUGCAGUCUCUGUUUGACAACUCUCUGAUAGUGGAAAAACAACCUCCUCAAGUCAUUAAGACUCAGUCCAAAUUCUCCACCGCUGUGAGAUGUCUGUUGGGGGAGAAGGUGGUGCCCGGAAAGCCCGUUGUGAUAAAAGCCCAAGUUAUCAAUGAGCUACAGGCAAAAAACCUGGGAAAUAUGCCCAGUGAGAUUGUGGCAGAACUAAUCAACAACCAGUCCAUCCUGGAGAAAAACCCAGGCAACAAAACAACAUGUGCCACCUUCAGAAACAUGUCUGUCAAGAAAAUUAAGCGAGCAGACAGAAAGGGAUCGGAAUCUGUGACGGAGGAGAAAUUUGCAAUCCUGUUCUCCACUGAGAUCCUCUACAACGGCUGCAGUACUCCAUACAUGAUACAGAUGAUCUCUCUGCCGGUGGUUAUCACUGUUCAUGGCAGUCAAGACAGCAACGCUCUGGCCACCAUUCUGUGGGACUGUGCAUUUGCCAGACCGGAACGUGUGCCCUUCGCUGUGCCAGACUAUGUCUCCUGGAGGGAAAUGUGCAAAACGCUCAACUAUAAAUUUAUCUCUGAGGUCAAUACAUCGCACAAUCUGGACAAGUUCAACCAACACUUUCUGGCCCAGAAGAUAUUUGACAAACCAGAAUUUAAUGGAGACUUUGGCGAAAUGAUGGUUUCUUGGGCCCAGUUUAACAAGGAGGUUCUUCCUGGUAGAGCAUUCACUUUCUGGCAGUGGUUUGAGGGAGUGACUGAGCUGUCAAAGAGACAUCUGAGCCCCUACUGGAAUGAUGGGCUGAUAUUUGGUUUCAUUGGGAAGCACCAUUUACACAUGAUACUUAAUGACAGUCCCACUGGAACCUUCCUGCUUCGCUUCAGUGACUCUGAGAUCGGAGGCAUUACCAUCGCUUAUGUUUCUGCUGGAGUCGGUGGACAGAAAAUCCAAAAUAUCCAGCCUUUCUGCAAAAAGGAUCUUGAGAUCCGCAACCUUGCUGACCGCAUCGGAGACAUCGCUGAGAUUUCAUACCUGUAUCCUAAUAUUUCAAAGUUUGAAGCUUUUGGAAAGUACAUCACGGGGCUUCCUUUACGUCCCCCUGACGGCUACCUGCCUGCGACUCUUCAAACUAAAGUGGUUGCGCCCAACAACACAGCUCCAGGAAACGGAACGCCAGCCCCACCUCCAGUGGCCAGCAUACCCCCAGCACAGGCACCGCAAAACAGGGAAGUAACCCCCUCUUAUCCUGUUAAUCCUGUCACACCAACCAUUGCAGAUCCAGACAGUUUCCUACCCAAUGAUUUGGAGGAACUGUAUUCAGAUUUUGGCUUUCCUUUGAAUGUACCUGCAAAUGGUGUCACGAUGGAUGCUAUGGAAAACUAAACAAGAGGCUGAUCUCGUCAAGUCUGGGCUGUGAACAACUUACAUCUGGAUCUUGAUCUGUUUUCGAAACAAACAAACCAUCUGAGUCUGAAUACAGUAAGAUGGUGCAACAUGAAUACAGGAAAUACCUUCAUAGACACCUUACUGCGCACUUAUGAUGUGCACCUUGUUAAAAAGGUCUUGAGACUAUAGGGUGGGUCAACUUUGAUCCUUUUCUUCUAACUUGUACUCAGAUACACAAAUGAAUUACUGUACAGCAUCAGGAGCGUCUUUUUGCAAACAUGUAUUGUCUUUGUUGUUUCUCUGUCUGUUUUUUCUAAGUACUUUGUUCAUUCAUAGAUUUUCCUUGUUACAGAAAGAGUUUGUUGUAUGUUCAAUCAUACAAACCAAAAUGUGAUGGUAAAUUAAGCUUUUUCAGUAAUGUGGGAUGUAGCAACAUUUAGAACAAAGGGUUUUUGCAAAACUUUAAACUGGGGAAAAACCCUUGACUGUAUAUGAGGCAUGGACUGAAUGGCCCCUUUUCCCUCAUAUUUCAAGUAGGAAAAGCCCACUGGUCCAAAAAAGACAAAAUCCCAUAGACUUCUGUAGAGAAACAACAGCUAUUAGUCAGUCAUUUUAUAUGUCAGAAUAACCUUUCUUACUCUGCUACAUCUUUUUAUCAUGUUCUUGCUAAACCUAUUUUCUUAGCGCAAGUUAUAAACUGACCAAUCAGAUGCCUCUAUACAAGUAGGUUCGAAUGUUUGAAGCGUUUCAUUGACAGAUACUCCUGAGCCCGGUGUAGUGGAAGGGGUAUGGUCUUCUAACAUGCUCACUACUGACUGGAGAAAGUGGUUGCCAUAGAAAUGUUGACUAAGAAAGACACGGACCAAUCACGGCUAACUGAGAACGUCUGGUUCCAACAUGGGGAUGGACAUAACGUGGAAAAAAAAUGUAGACUGAAUUGACUUCAUUUUAUUGGAACCAGAGUAAGUCGUUUCUAUGGGUGGAGUCACACUCGCUCAGUCCAGUUCUCUAUAUUCAGUCAAAGGUAAAAACUACAACAAUGGUGGACAGUUUUAUUUUAGUCAGAAGUGUAGCAAAGAUAGCUCAAAACAAAAACUCAUUUUAUAUUGUUUUCUCAUAUUUUGUCUCCACACAUUAGUAUCCUUGGUUUGUUUUUUCUUUUUCUGUUGCGUCCCUAUAAGUAAAAUGUCACGUAUAAGGUUUUUAUUUUUUCAUUUAAUGAUCUUUACCACAAACCCAAACAAAAGACUGAAAAAGGAUGUGUGAAAGAGAUAACUAGUCCAAAAAUCAAGUGGUUCUACAUACUCAAAACGUAAUUCUCAAAUGGGUGUGGAGGGAUAUUAUGUUAUUUGUUGUUAAGUGGAAUUAAUUUACUUUACCUUCAGUUGAUCAUCUGAAUACUCAAGAAAUGCAAAUGUAUAUAUAUAUUUUUCAUGUACAAAAAACAGUGGUUUUUCACCACCUACAGUGCUGUGCAUGUUGACAUUAUCACAGCUUGGGGAAUGUUCUAUAUUGCAUGCAUGCUUUAUCUGGUUCAUGAUAAUCAACUAUGAUGUUACUACAGUACCACAGACAAUGUAACUUUUAACUGUGAUGACAAAUAAAAAAAAACUUUUUUUCA